AUGGCUCACAACUCCCGCACUGCCCUCAGGGCUCUUAGAAAUGUCAAGGCCGCCAACUACCGCCCUGCUCAAGCUCAACAAGGCUUUGCAACUGCUACAGAACCCACUCUCAAAGACACCCUCGCAAAAGUCAUCCCUGCCAAACGCGAGCUCCUCAAGCAAGUCAAGAGCCAUGCAUCCAAGAGCAUUGGUAGCGUCAAAGUUGAGAAUACUCUGGGUGGAAUGAGAGGUCUCACUGCCAUGAUCUGGGAAGGAUCAGUUCUCGAUGCAAACGAGGGAAUUCGCUUCCACGGCCGCACCAUCAAAGACUGCCAGGAGCAGCUUCCCAAGGGCAAGACCGGAUCCGAAAUGUUGCCCGAGGCAAUGUUCUGGCUGCUUCUCACAGGUGAGGUGCCAACCACCAACCAAGUGCGCCAGUUCUCUCGCGAAUUGGCCGAGAAGGCUGCCUUGCCAGACUAUGUCGAGACAAUGCUGGACAACCUCCCUGCCGACAUGCAUCCCAUGACUCAGUUCGCAUGCGCAGUGUCAGCUCUCAACAAGACCAGUGUCUUCGCAAAGGCUUACGAGAAGGGAAUGAACAAGGCCGAUUACUGGGAGCCAACCUUCGACGACUCGAUCUCGCUGAUCGCUAAGUUGCCUACCAUUGCAGCCAAGAUCUACCAGAACUCUUACCGUGGUGGUGGUCCUCUUCCAGCUCAGGUGGACCCCGAGGAAGAUUGGUGUUACAACUAUGCUGCAAUGCUGGGCAAAGGCGGCAAGGAGAACGAGGGCUUCCAAGAUCUGCUCAGACUCUACUGCGCGUUGCACGGUGACCACGAAGGAGGCAAUGUCUCGGCACACUCGACUCACUUGGUUGGCUCUGCUCUCUCAGAUGCCUUCUUGUCGUACUCGGCUGGCCUGCAAGGCCUUGCGGGUCCCCUGCACGGUCUCGCAGCGCAGGAAGUGCUUCGUUGGAUGCUGCAAAUGCGAGACCACAUCGGUGACAACUUUACGGAGAAAGACGUCAAGGAUUACUUGUGGAGCACACUCAAGAGCGGAAGAGUGAUUCCUGGCUUCGGACACGCAGUUUUGCGCAAGCCUGAUCCUAGAUUCGAUGCUCUGCUCGCAUUCGGUGAUGCUCACGAGGAUAUCAAGAACAACAGCUUGUUCCAGCUUGUCAGGACAAACUCGCAAAUCGCACCUGGCGUGCUGACCGAACACGGCAAGACCAAGAACCCAUUCCCCAACGUCGACUCUGGUUCAGGAGUAUUGUUCCACCACUAUGGAUUCCAGGAGACACUGUAUUACACAGCCAUUUUCGGUGUUAGCAGAGGUCUUGGACCGCUCGCGCAACUCAUUUGGGACCGCGCGUUGGGUCUUCCGAUCGAGAGACCAAAGAGUAUCGACUUGAAGGGUCUGCUCAAGGCAGCAGAAGCGUGA